AUGGCUUCUACUGCCGUUACCUCCGAGUCUCUUGCCGCGACCAAUGAGUCACCUAGUAAAAAGCGACGAAUCCCUUCUGGUGUUUUAGGUAUUUCCCCGGAUUACACAUCAGAGGGAACUAAGAAGCGUCGAAGCCAGAAAGAAUCAAGAAAAUGCUCUAAACGGCAUGGUGAACGGUGCAUGAUUACAAAAACCAUUCACCCCGCUGGCUGCCACAUCGUCCCAUUUAGCUGGAGUGAAAGCGUCAAAAACACUCAAACGAUGGCAAAACUCUUAGGUUUAUUUACCCAGUUCUUCUUUGAACAGGACGAAGAUCCUUCCCUUCUCUGUAAAGAACCUGGGUGCGCAGAUAAAGCAUGGAAUAUGCUUUGCUUGAGCCCAACUCUUCACACAUGGUGGUCCCAUGCCCUCUUUGGGUUCAAACGUAUAGGCCUAUCCCCUCUACCAGGUGAGUCAUCUAAUCUCGGUGUGAUUACUGAGGUAACUCUACAAUUUCACUGGCUCCCGACGCCUAAGGGCAUAAAUCAUCUUCAGAAAGUCGAUCUCACGAAGCAGCGAUUUGGCAACAAAGAAAGCCUUCGGUAUAAGUUGGAUAAUGACGCAAAAGUCGUGGAUGUGAAGGUUAACCUUCCAUCUGACCAGCCAAUCCGGACUGGCCAUACCUUCAUCGUUCAUAUACCAACAGAAGACUUGCGAGAGUUUUGCGUUGUGAUCGACUUACAAUGGGCCCUCAUGCGAAUUGCUUCAAUGUCAGCAUUUGCCGAAACAAUUGCCUUAGAAGACGACGAAGGCCCGGACAUUAAAGGUUGGCUUCAGGGUGUCCUAAACUUUCCACCACAAUCAGUGUCACAUUCUCCGGAGCGAGUUUCGUAUUCUCCAGAGCAAGUUUUGCAUUCUCCGGAACGAGUGUCACGUUCUCCAGAGCGACGUCACCCCCCAGAUAAUCCUUUACUUCGACCUCCGCGAUCAUCAAACAUUCCUCUACCGCAUGCUACCGACGAUAAGAUGACUCGCCCCGUACGCGCCACCCAGAACACAUCUCAAGAUGAAAGGGCAGGUGUUACAACAGAGGCUAAAGAGUUAGCCGAGAAUGUGAUACCCACUCGCUUGCACAGGACUCAUUCUCGUGAUGAUCUUUCCGAAGAAGUCGAAGACUACUUCAUCGAGUCGCAAGACUCUGAGACCUGGGGGUAUUAA